UAAUCCAGAGCCAUUUGUCCAGCCCCAGUGAAGAACCACUUACACAUGUAGUAACUUUAUUUAUUUGUUUUAAUUUAGGAAAAUGUCUGAUAGAGAGGAGAAUGUUGAUCAUAAGAAAGAAGUUGACACCACGGGCAACAGCGAAGCAGCCGCUGAAGUCAUCAGCAUCCCGCGCCCUUUAGAAGUGGAAGGGUCAGAUGUAACCGCAGAGGAAGAGUCGAUGCUGGAGGAAUUCACCACCGAGAGUGAGGGGACCACAGAGGGGCAGAGCGAACGCAGCAUUUCCACUGCAAAGUCAUACGUCGUCAGACCCAUGACAGAGGACUUGUCCUCUGAGACGGCUGCGCUAUCUCAGGGACAAGAACAGAAACAUCCAACAGAGGAUGACCCCAUGUCAUUUCUGACUAAAAUAAAAGAGAUAAAGGAGAAUGUGCAGACAUUAAUAAGAGAAGCUUCAGCAACAGUAAAAAUUGUACUCAUCCCUGUAGCCCAGGAAGUUACAAUGUCUGUUAGGGUCGAUGUCCCACUUAGAUUGCUCAAGGAGCACUUUGCACGCUUAUUACGUAUUCCACAUUAUGUAGUGCAAAUAAGUCAUGCAGGACUUGUUGUUGGGAACAAUGAGACACUACAACAAUACGGAGUUAAACCUCAAGACACUGUCCAAAUGGAGGUAUUUUCCACAGAUCCCAAACAAUAUCCAGUCAGAAGAAUAGAGGGCUUGAGUCAGAGCUCCAGGGUCAUAACAGUCACCGUACAGAAGAGCACUGAUCACUAUGAGGAAGUAGUAGUUGAGAUAAUAAAAUCUGACUUCCACAAGCCAUUCCUUGGUGGAUUUAGACAUAAAAUAACAGGAGUGGAAUAUCACAAUGCUGGGACACAAACUGUACCUAAAAAGAUUCUCGAAAACCCCAAUCUGUUCUGUAGGGACUCGCAGACAGUGUUUCAAAGGAAAAAGACACAACAAACCACAAAUACAACAUCUACUCAGAUGACCAAAAUUGGUGUGUAUGUAUCAAACAUGACGGAUAAACUGCUCAAACCAGGGAAGUACUUCACAGCAGAGGCAUACCACCAGCGAAGGUUGAAUGCGGUGUUAGUGAUACAGACGAACUACAGGCGGUGGCAUGCUAAACGCUACGUAGACAGCUUGAGAAGACGCAAGCAAAUAAGGUUGCAGUGGGAGGAAGAAGAAGAGCUCAGGAAGAUGGCAGAAAAGGAAGAGUGGAUACGAAUGGACUAUUACCGGAGGCACAGCCCUAAAACAAACGAAGACUUUGAGCUCCUUUACAACGCUCUAGAACUUUGGCGGCAAGAAGAAGUUACACAAGUUGACCAGUAUUUAACUCCAGCUGAAAGGAAGGCUGCUCUGUGCGAACUUUUGGAAAAAGAGACGCAGAUAAUUGCUUCCAUCGGGAGACACAGAUGUGUUGCUCGUAUGGAGAGGCAGGAGGCAGCUAUACAAGCUUUCCUGGAUAAGUGUUCAGCUCCAAAUAUCUGGAGAAGACCUGAUGGCAAAACCAUUGAGAUGGACACACAGUUCACGCUAAGAGCCAGAGAGCUGCAAAGCAUCUACAAGUGCAUCAUACUGAAAGACCUCUCUCAAGAUGAGCGGCUGGACAUACUCCUGACACUUAAGCACACUGUAAAGGAACAUGAGUGUAAGCUGACCCAGGAAAUCCUAGAGUUGAUUGACAGAGAAGUUGACCUUAUGAUGAGGGGAGUCAAACCUCACAAUCUUGAAGGACUCAGGAAGAGAAUCACAACGCUCUUCUUUCACUACAUCAAAACACCCCUGUUUAAUCCUGAAGUUUCAAAAUACCUUAAGGUCCCUCAAGAUCCACUGAAAUUUUACGAUAAGAUUUACUUUUGCCACAGUUGCCAGUUGUAUCUGCCUUCUGUAGAAUUUUCCGUGUCGCCCACCUCGCAUCGUGUGUACCGCUGCCGCCAUUGUGUCAACCUUGAGAAUGAGACCAAGAAACGGGAAUCGUUCUUGAAGUACAAAUGUUUGCUCCAGCGGCUCUACUACUCAGAGGCUGACUACGAGGACGAUGCCCAGAUCGCUUUUCUGAUGCAGCUUCAGGACAUUAAGUACUUGACAGAGAACAUCUGGGCGUCCCAGUCCGUCCUCAGUGCCUGGGACGAUCUCAAUGACCUGGUCAUGGUCCGGUGGGAUAAGAACGUGGAGUGGUCUCCCUGGAACUGCAUUCUCCUCACCAAGGAUGAAGGGGCAGCUCACCUCAAGCUAGAGAGCAUUGAAGAGGGCUAUGGACGCCUUUUUCUCCACAAGAUCAAGCACAAGCAUAUCCUGGCUAAAAACUAUUUCUCACAGGUUCCAGUGCUGGCUGCGCUCUUACAGGAGGAUGAUGAAGUAGGAGAGAUCAGAAGUAAAUACUACGUAGAUACGUCACCUAAAACCAUAGAGCCCCGCGGAACUCAGCAUCAGCAGAUUUAGGAAUAUCAAUUUGAGGAUGAUCAUUUUUGGUCUCUACUAAAAGAGUAGUACAGAGGUCAUGUAAUACGGAAAACCGUCUUUAUAUUUCUAUUGGUAUUAUUUGUUUUGUUCAUAGUAUUUAAGUUAUAUGAAUAGAAAAAAGUCUGUAUUUAUGAACCAUUGUUAGGUGGUUCAUAUUAAUCUGUAAUUUUGUUACUAAGAUGAAUAAAGAGAACAUUUUUAUCUAUUUUCAUGUUAAUUUAAAGAAAAAAAAAAACACUUUAAAGUCAAAAUACAGCAGCCAAACAAAACUUUGGCCUAACUUUCAAUGAAAGUUAUUUAUUUCAUAUACUUCAUGAAUGUAAUCAUUCUCUAUACAUGAGCCUGUAUUUUGAUAUAAGUAUUUAUAUUUUUUACUUUUAUUGUCUAAUUUUACCUUUUAACUGCAUAAUCCAAGAAAAGAGACUCGAACAAACAAAUAAAAAACCCUGCAUUGCAUGCCAUGAAACAAGGCAAACAGUGGAAAUAUUAUUUAUGAAGGAUACUUCCUCUGGGGAAAUGUUGAGAUUCUGUAAGAGCAUGAACUUGAUCAAAUCAGCUCUCCACUACUUCUCAAUAAACUAACCAAUAGCAUUGACUCCAUACCUGUCUGGAAUAUGUGAUAAUGAAUGGAUGAUGUCUCCAAAGGUGGCAUACCCAAAAUAGCAUGAUCUACGAAAAGCCUAUUUACAAAAGGCUCUGUUCUAAGAUAUACAUGAUAUACAGAUUUUUAUAACAUAGUUUAUGAGAAUUUGUC